UUAUCUCUGUACAGUAUGACUCUUUAUUUUGAAUUCAUAUUACAGGACUAGUAAAAGAAGCCAUGGGUAAAUCAUUCUCCCAUUUACCUAAUUUUGCAAGACAAAGCAAGAAAGAGGAUGCAGCACCUAUCGUGCCCGAGACUGAAAGAACAGUUCCAGAAAACACAAACGAAGUACAAGAGAGUAAUGGAGAGGCCAGUUCUCAUGUUCCUUAUGUAGAGUUUGUGGGAAGAGAGAGUAUCACAUGUCCCACCUGUCAAGGAACAGGACGAAUACCCAGAGGUCAGGAGAAUGAGCUGGUUGCUCUUAUUCCAUACAGUGAUCAGAGGCUGCAACCGCAACGAACAAAGCUUUAUGUGGCAGUUGCUGUGGUGAUCAGCCUCCUGAUUAGUGGACUUGCAAUCUUCUUCCUGUUCCCACGUUCCAUUAAAGUAGAACAUGUUGGUAUUAAGUCAGCCUACGUCACCGAUGACACGACAAAUUAUAGAGUUGUUCUUAAAAUAACGAAUAUAAUAAAUGUAACGAACUACAACUUCUACAGCAUCAGCAUUACAGAUCUCAAUGUGCAGAUUGUGUUUUUUAAUGAAGUUCUAGGAACUGUCAACAUCAAAAACACUACAGUUUUCAGGCCCUUGGGAGGUGGCCAGAUUUUAUAUGAAGUGACUGCCAUGUUAGAUGAUUUAGGCAUGUACCAUUACUGCACAAUGCCUGAAAUUAAAGUGCACAAUAUUGUGAUCUCAAUACAAGCAACAGUAACAGCUUGGUAUCUGUCGCACUCUGAGCAAGUCUCCUUUGAUGCCUACCAAUAUGUUGAUUGUGGCUCCAACACCACCCGUCUUCACAGUCCCUACUACCCUUCUCAGGGCAACCAUUUGCAAGAGCUGCUCAGUUAACGCAAAUGAUGUUAGUGCCCUUUCACUAAAGGCUUCCAGCAUGGCACAACAUGUCCUCCUCUGUGUGUAGAUGUUGUGCUCCUGGACUGAUGAGAUGAUCCAUCAACCAGUUCUGCACUCGUCUGCCUGAUUAUUUUAUAGUGCUCUGUGUGGCAGUGUUACACAUGUAAGAGGAGUACAUUAAUUUGGAUGUCAAGCGUGUAAUGGUAAUUUGAUAAUCUGACAGUUCUAGUAAUGGAACAUUCUGCUGAAUUACCGGAGCUGGACGAUAAGUUAAAUUUAACUGGGGAAUGACUAGGGACUGAACUGUGAACUAAUGUUUGUUGAUUGAUUUCAGAUAUAAUAGCUGCACCUUUUGUGGCCUUGAAAUUUAAAUAUGUUUCCUUAAAUAAGUCACAUUUCAUGCAUUAGGUUGUUGCCCCCUUAGUAAAGGGACAUAAAUGUCCAAAAUGCUUCUUUUCAUGCAACAUUCGUAGGCAACAUUCUGGACAACAUCUGAAAGGUUCUUGUACAUUUAUAGAACAUUAAUACUGCAAUCCCUGAAAAUACUUAAUUACAGAAAGGUAGUAUUCCCAAUCACUAAUAUGCAGUGACAGAUUAUGCAAAGUCAGAUACCCCAACACAUUCUGAUGUGUUCUUUAUUGUGUUCUGAAAAGCCACAUUGUUUAUUAUACUAGUGCCAUUUGUGAAUAUACACUACAGCUCCUGUAUGGUUCAGUGGAUAAAUGUAUUGAGAUAUUGAGCUAAUUGGGUCAAGAUCACCCUCUUUUUGAUCCUGACUUGUUCUGAAUUUAGAUGAUCUCAGUACAAAGAGAGGGUUUAGAUGAUUCAAGUGCAAGUUACCUCAGUGUUCAUGAACUAGAGCAUGAAGAGUUCACUGUGAUUCCCACUUUAAUUAUGAAUGUUAAGUGAAUUUAAGAUUGAUGUGAUGCUUCCUAUAAUUGAAUCGGUUGCAGGCCCUCAAUAACAGCCCCAAACUGAUUCCAAAGAGUGCACAGGAAAGUAUAUUGCAGUGGGAUGACAUCCCUUCAGCAAAGGGGAGAAUGUUGGAGAGGAAUUUUUUAAAAAAUAAGCCUUAUUUAGAUAAAUACUCAGCAAAACUUUACAGCCAGCCCCAAAAGAUGCCCCCAGUACAUAAGCAUAAGGAGAUCUGAGUGUGACUGUGUCUCGGCCAUACAGAGCAGAUACCCAUAUUUUAAAAGCCUUAGACUUACUAAUGUAGUUAAUAGUCCUGAUUCAGUAUUUUCUCUGUAAUAUAUGUAGUGUUCUCUCCCUUUAUUCAUUGGGGAGGAUGUUAGCAUUUACCACUUGCAUGCACACUUCAAGUUCUUUUAGUGAUGGGACGGAAGGUGUAGUUAUUAGCACAGAAGAUGUUAUUACAACAAUAUCGGUCACAGCUGACCACAUUAUAAGUGCAGUAGUUCAUUCCUGCUCGAGCAGUUUUUAACCAUCGAAGAUUUAAAGUAAUUUGAAGCAGGAUAUUGUUCUUGCCUUAAACUGAAUCAUACAAACCCAAGCAAACUUUUAUCCGAAGUUUACUUUGAUGGGCAGUUGGGAAGAAUUCAUUGUCAUGAUGCAUGGUUCUUGAGUGGUUGCUAUCCAUUGGAUUAUGUUUGUUGCUGAGCGGAAACAUUCUUUAAAACUUAGUUUCCCACUUUUGAUGCAUGUUUAAUAAUGACCCAGUUAGAAAUUGAUUGAUUGGGUGAAGCAGAAUUUGCUUCCAUUAAAUUUGCAAACGCUGCAUCAGAUGCUUUUACUCAGUUUGUAAGAUACAUGUGGUCUUUUGCAUUAUUUCUACCUUCAGUUUUGCUCAUUGCUGCAACCACCUGGAACUUUAGAUUUGCAUCAGCAAUAGAAGUAAAGCUGUCCUGUGUUGUCCCUCACAGAUAAUUAAAUGUUGAAGAAUUGUUAGUAUUUCUUGAUUUAAGGAAUACUUCUGUGCAUUUACUGUUUCAGGCCAAACUAUAAUCUUGUCAUAUUCAUGUUUCAAUUUGAAAUUACACUUUCUCAAGUAAACUCUCUGUCCGCACAUCCAAUGGUUUUGGAGCUACCAAUCAUGGUGCAUUCUGAAUCUUGAAGUAGGAGUAAACAAUUGUUUGGUAGAUCGUGCCUUCUUAAAGGAAGAAAGAUUUGUGUAGUUAGAUUCUGUGGGAUUUCAGUCGAGUGUUGAAUGGAACUGUAAAUCAAAGAAAAGUCACAACCAGGGCUAAUCUUAUGUUUUGUUAAUCUGUAUCAUAUUGAAGUUAUUGACCAAAGUAAUAAUUAUAUUGAAUCUGAUUAAACCAAUCCAUUCUGUCCUUUGUGGUGGUCACUGACAAUUGCUGAUUAGCAUAAGGGCAAAUUUUAUGGCCUUUUAUAUGCAUUAAAAACAGCAGAUUAUCACAGAAUUUAUUUUAAAUGACCAAAGCAAGUAAGUACAUUGGAUAUGUGGUGAUGUUAGUCCUUAAAAUUUAUUCAUGCUUCUGAUAUUUUAAAAAUAAUUAAAGCUGAGUUUAGUAAACAUUUCAUUGUCUAAGAAAAUGUAUUUAUGAUUUCACAGGCCAGAUGAAGUGUUUAUUUUCACCCUGAUGAUGUUUGUACCCAUAGUAGUUAGGUGAACUUAGUUAGGUGAUAAAUAUUGUGUGUAGUCACUUUUGAGUUGCUAACAUUUCCUGAAGGCAAAAGUACUUAUUUAUAGAUUCAAUUCUAUUUAGCAGUAUGAUCACUUGUAUGCAAUACUGUGUUUCCUUCACAGGGAAUACAUAUGAGGUUCGUUAUCAUGUAAUGUAAGGACAUUUUAUUUUACUAGGAAUAAUAUUUAUGUAAUAUAACAAUAUACAUCAUCAGACAUAAAAGACAUUUCAAAUUUAAACUGAUACAUGUAUUUUAAGCUUUUGCUGUAAUAUUCCUUUCUUUAUAUUGCUGUGCUAUACUUGCCUCCUCAUUUUUCUUUACUAUUAUUCAUUGCAUGAGCAUUGCUGGCGGGGCUAACGUUUAGUGCCGAUCAUUAAUUUCCAAUGUGGUAUCCAGUUGCUUUCUUGAAAUUCUGCAAUUCAUGUGGUGUAGGUGCACCAACAGUGUUUAUAGGGUGGGGUCUGGGAUCUUCAUCCAGCAGCAGUGAAGUGAGAAGAAUAUCUUAUGUACAGAAAAUAUUUUCAGUGCAGAUUGACAUGACAGAAUUUAUUAUUCUUUGACUCUUCUUGUAUGUGUAUUUUAAUUAACUUUUAUGCCUGACACUGCACUAUUAUAGGUACAAAGUUGAGAAGUGGUGUGCAAACUUGAAAGGCUGUAGACAAACAAGUGUGCAAAUUAUAUGUUUAAAGUUUGAGCCCUUGACAGCCAGUGGGUGUGAUGCACGAAAUGGGAGUACGUUAGUCAUAGAUGUACCUCAGUUAGUAAAUUUGUGGCCUAAAAUGUAUGUGGCCAUGCAGACCAGUAAGUGUCAUACUCAGUCUCUGGUCUGUUUUACAUCUGAGCAUGGACAGCAUUGGACAUGCUACAGGUGGCCUCAAUGCCCCGGAGCUAGUUAACUGAAGUAUAUCUGAGUUCUUGCUCUUGAGUAUUAUAUACCAACUCUGGCUAGUAACUUCAAGUGAUGGAUUUAGAUGGGAUCAGGCUCUGAAGCAAUGAUCUCCACAUUUGAUAGUUCACCACUGUUCACUGCCUAUGCUGAAGCAUAAAGAAUAGCAUCUUGGGCAAGAGGUAUGUAAGCUGUAGACACUUGUGGAACUUCUGUCCACAGUCAGAAUCUUCAGGAAAUUGAAGGAGAAAACAAGGAUUCAUUUUGAGAACUUGCUUGGUAUGCAUACUAAUAUUAAUGAUUGAAAUAGAUCAAAUGAGGAACUUCAACUGAAAUAAUUUAAUUAACAUCUCCAUUAUAUAAUUAUAUUUUUAGAUUUUUAGACUUUUAACAAUGUUUUACAAUUAGCAUGUUACUUUGAUGUUUAACUUUGCAGAGUAUUUCACUCAUUUAUGCAUAAACUUGUUGGUGCAAUGACAAAGGACAGAAGACCUUCCUGCAGAGUAUUUGAGCUUGCACUGUUCCCUAAAAUUGCGUCUAAUAUAAAUAGACGUGAAUGAAGUUUAAAUGUAGUUCGCAUAAAAUUCUAUUUACAUAACUGUGUUCUCAUUUUUAAAUAUACAAAUUGCCAGAUAUGAGGCAGUAAAUUAAAAAUGAAUUUUAAUCCUGAGCUUCAGGUGAAUUUAAGCUUUGUUUGGCUGGCUCAUAACAUGACCUGAACCCUGGAUUAAGUUUCAAUUUUGUAAUUCCUUUGCAGGUAUCAUUAUUUCACGUAAUUAAGUAUUCUAAAGACAUCUUUCAAGGCAGCCCAUGAUAAUUAGUUAAGCCUGUGAAAUAGAUUGCCUCCUUGCAAUAAAUGUUUUCAGUCUGUAUUACUGAUAAAUCAUGGGAUGAACACAAAAGGUUAUUAAACUACACUAAAUAAUAACACAGCUGGUAAACCACCACUGCUGCUGUGUGAUGGGGUUUUACUCAGAUUUUCUUAAUUAAAUAUUCUCAGUGGAAGGUAGGCUAAACAUUUUAGUUAGUAAUUGAGCCUAACAGUGAUUUGAAACAUUGUUUAACUAGGUAAUUAAGUGAUGGGGCCUCAGUCAGCCAGGUUCAAGUAAAUAACUUACUUGUGGAGUAUCCCAGUCAUAUAUCUUCGUGUAUUGGGAAAGGUAUCACUCUUCUUAUGUAGUUGUGGACUGGGAACAUCUUGUUCUGAAAGGUCCUUAACUCCUGCCAUUGAGAAAACUAGCCCUGAAUUGGGUGCUCUCAGUCAACUGGUGUGAAACCCUCAGUGCAGCGCUUGUACUCUUGGAUUUAACUGUUCAGAUUAUAAAGUAAUUUCUGAUGUUAAUAAUUGAUGGCAUGAAAUUAUAUCACCAAUAACAUCAUUGAGUAUUUAUCCAUGUGCAAACCCAGUGACACUUUAUGGUAACCACACUGCUGUAGUCCAAGGAAAAUGUAAAAAUGAAAGUGUUGAUCUUAACGCUACUAAUUACAUUGGUUUAUGAAAAUGGGAAAGAUGUUUUCAUUCAUUCUUUACGUACAGCCAAUAUACACAACAGAAAGAUAACUGGUAAUUGAAUUUUUGAUGUCCAACUUAAUUGCAAAAUGAUAAAAUAUUCUUUUAAAUGUAGUGAGUUUUGUGGAAAGUGUUGUGUCACACUUAAGUAUUGUUUUAGUUUGGUACUACCCUAUGUUUUCAAAUGGAUUGUCUUGUAAUUGUGGCUUUUUUGCUGAUUAAAGGAUAAUUGACAUUUC